AUGAGAGGAAGGAGAGGUAGGCCGCCCAAGACGCUCGAUGCUUCGCCGGCGGGAGGUGGCGGGGGACCGGCCGGGAGCCUGAGAUACCGGGCCACCGGGGCCGGCAGAGGCAGAGGGGCCGACCGGCGGCUGAAUCACGUCGAAGCUGGCGGUAGAGGGAGCCGGACCCCGAGAGGCGGCAAGGCAGGGAGCCGGGGCAGGGCCAAGGCCGCGGCUCAGCAGCAGCGACAAGGCGGCCGCUCCCGCAGGCUGACCGUCAACAAAGUCAUCUACGACGACCACGAGAGUGAGGAGGAAGACGAGAGCCUGGUGUCCGAGGAGGACGAGGACGACGACGAGGACGAGCGGGAUAACGAGGACGAGGACGAGCAGGAUUCGGAUUAUCACCAGGCCACCGAGGAGGAGGAAGAGGAGGACGAGGACGACGAUGCGAGUUAUUGCACAGAGAGCAGCUUCAGGAGUCACAGCACUUACAGCAGUACUCCAGGAAGAAGACGACAGACGAGGGUGCAUCGUACAAGGUCGCCGUUGUUUGAAGAAACGGAUGUUGUUCCACUUGAUAUUCCAAAAUGUUCAGAAGACUUAUUGGUGCCCAGUGAAGAGCUGUUGAGCAUUAUAGCUAUUUAUGAGGUGUUGAAUAAUUUUGGAGCAGUGUUGCGCCUUUCACCUUUCCGCUUUGAAGACUUUUGUGCUGCAUUGGUUGGUCAGGAGCAGUGCACGUUAAUUGCAGAAAUGCACAUUGCUUUGCUGAAAGCAAUUUUGCGAGAAGAGGAUUCCUCGAACACCACUUUUGGUCCUGCUGACUUAAAAGAUAGCAUCAAUUCCACAUUGUACCUUAUAGAUGGAAUGACGUGGCCAGAACUGGUUCGGGCCUAUUGCGAAAGCGACCGGGAAUACCAUCAUGUACUACCCUAUCAGGAAAAGGAUGAAUACCCAUAUGGUCCAAUAGAAAAUAAAAUCAAAGUUCUUCAAUUUUUAGUGGAUCAGUUCCUGACGACGAACAUUGCCCGCGAGGAGUUGAUGUCUGAGGGUGUGAUCCAGUAUGAUGACCACUGUCGGGUUUGUCACAAGCUAGGUGAUCUGCUUUGCUGUGAAACCUGCUCAGCUGUGUACCAUUUGGAAUGUGUGAAACCUCCGCUUGAAGAAGUGCCAGAGGAUGAGUGGCAGUGUGAGAUCUGUGUGGCACACAAAGUGCUUGGUGUUUGUGAUUGCGUGCCUGAAAUCCAGAAAAAUAAACCAUAUGUUCGUCAUGAGCCUAUAGGAUAUGACAGACACAGACGAAAAUAUUGGUUCCUGACUAGAAGGAUUAUAAUUGAAGAAGAUAAAGAAGAUGAAAAGGAUAAAAGAGUGUGGUAUUACAGUUCAAAGGUGCAGUUGGCUGAACUUAUUGAAUCUCUGGACAAAGAAUACUGGGAAUAUGACCUCUGCAGAAUACUGGAAGAAAUGCGUGAUGAAAUUCAUCGGCAUAUGGACAUUACAGAAGACCUGACCAAUAAAGUUCGUGGCAAUAAUAAAUCUUGUCUCAGUGCAGCUAAUGGAAAUGGGGACUCCACGGAGCCAGGCUGGGGAGGAUUGCAGGUUGUGGGAACUCUGAAACAAGCUCCUACGCAACAAGGCGAGGAAAUUUUGGAGCGCCAGAAAGCAAAACAGGAAGCAGAGAUGGAGGAAGUUAAGCAAAAGGCAGCAGAACAAGCAGAGAAGGCCAAGAGAGAAACUGAGGAUAAUGGCCAGAUGGAGAUUGAGAAAAGUAAUGAAGCAUCAGAAGAGCAAACUGAAGAGAAAGACAAGGAUAGUAAAGAGACUGAAGAAAAUCUUCAGGAAAAGAGCACAGAAGACCCCACACCUAGUGCCGCUAACUGUAGCUCUGAAAAUUCAGAGACAUUGAAGAGUGAUGGCAGCAGCCAAAAUGCUUCUGCAGAGGAAAAUAAGCAUUGUCUGUCUAAGGACACUGGAGAGAGAGAGCUGGCACACCCUGAAGCUGAGAAACUGACAGAGGAGAAGAAACUGGCAGUCGAAUCAGUACAGCUCCCCCUGGAUAGAACAGAAGAUACUGUUGAGAACUCAACUGAUACUACUACCACCACUGCUGUGAAAACUAUGUUGUCACCGCUAUCUGCUGAUGAUAGUACCAGCAAUGUGGAUUUGUCCAAUGAGACACCCACUCAGGAUUCCAGUUUCAAAAUAGCUGAGGAUUUAGAGAAUAUGGAGGGAUCCUCACAGUCUUCAGGAAACGGUCAGGAAGAUGCAGAAUCAGGAGAACUCGGCAGUGAUAAAACAAAUGAUGAAAAUGGUGAUCCUUCUGGAGCUGGUAAAGGAUCAUCUAUCCCAACUAGGAUGGUCACAAGGUUACGGAACCCUGACAGCAAGUUGAGUCAGCUGAAGAGUGCCCAGGCUGCUGCUGCAGUGCAUGAGGCUAACAAAUCGUUUAAGGAAGGCAGAGAGGUUUUGGUGGUAAAUUCACAAGGGGAAGUCUCUCGCCUGAGCACAAGAAAAGAUCUGGUGAUGAAGGGGAUUGUGAAUAACUUGUUUAAGUUGGGACAAGAGGGAAAGUAUCGUGUCUACCAAAACCAGUACAGCACCAGCACCUUGGCACUCAACAAGCAUCAGCAUCGAGAAGAUCAUGACAAACGAAGGCAUCUUUCACACAAGUUCUGCAUGACCCCUGCGGGCGAGUUCAAGUGGAAUGGUGCUGUGCAUGGCUCAAAAGUUCUUACAAUCUCUACUUUAAGACUGACCAUUAUCCAACUGGAGAAUAAUAUCCCAUCCUCAUUCCUGCAUCCUAAUUGGGCUUCACAUAGAUCUAAUUGGAUAAAAGCAGUCCAGAUGUGCAGUAAACCAAGGGAAUUUGCGCUAGCUCUUGCAAUCCUUGAAUGUGCAAUCAAACCUGUUGUCAUGCUUCCAGUCUGGCGGGAUUCUUUAGGGCAUACCAGGUUUUAUCGAUUAACAUCUGUUGAAAGAGAAGAAAAGGAAAAAAUCAAAAAGCGAGAGAGAAAACAGGAGGAAGAGGAAGUUAUGCAACAAGCUACCUGGGUGAAAUAUACCUUUCCCGUAAAGCAUCAGGUGUGGAAACAAAAGGGAGAAGAAUAUCGUGUAACAGGAUACGGUGGCUGGAUGUGGAUUAGUAAAACCCACGUCCAUCGUUUUGUUCCACGGCUUCCUGGAAAUACAAAUAUACACUAUCGGAAGGAGCUGGAAGGUGUGCUGAAGGAUGAUUCAAAACUGGAUAAAAAUGAGUGCUCUUCCACAGUAAAAACAGAAUCUGAAGUAUGUAAGAAACAUCAACCAUCUCAAGACUCUAAAGAUCUGCCAGAGAAUGACACCGUCACAGACAAGUCAUUUGAGAUAAAAUCAGAAGAGGAAGAAAAGGUAGAAGAAAAGGAGGAAGUAAUGGAAAUUGAUACACAUCCUGAGUCACAACAAACUGAAAAGAAAGAGAGCAAUGAAAAUCUCAGAACUGAUGGUGAUAAGUUAAUAAAAGAGGAACCAAUGAAUUUGGAUGAGACCAAAAAUGAAUCCACUUCACAAGAACAGGAAAAGUUUAUCUCAACUGAUCUUAUCAAUGUGAGUGAGGCCUUUCAACUAAGGACUUGGUAUAAAAAGAGAGUAAAACCUUCUAAGUUAGAUGGACUGUUGGAUCGGCGAGUAAAACAGUUUACAAUGGAAGAGAAACAACGGCAAGAAAAACUGAAACAAGAAGCCUUAAUGAAAUUGCCAAGAAAUGAACAAAAAAGCAUAACUGAACCACAGAAACCUGAUCAGGCUGGAAACUGUCUUCAGAAAAAGCCUGAAUCAGUAGUACAGGAGAAAGGACAUGUGGGCCAGAUCUCUCCAAAGGUCACCUUUGAAAGCACGUUGACAUCUGUUCAAGAAAGCACUGUUGAGAAAAAUCAAGCCUUAACACAAGAAAAGGAUCCAGUUUUAGCACCGUUGAGGAAUCUGGGUAUCGAAAAUGCAGAGUCAAACCAAAAACCUACCAAGGAGGUCACUGAGAAUAAUAUUGAAUCAGUGGUCACUGGUGAUGAAAGCAAGGAUCUGCAUUUAAAAAGCAAGGAAAAUGGUGCUGAAGGCAGUGCUCUGCAGUUGGUUGUGGGAAAAAAUUCUGUAAAUAAUAGUUCUGAUCUGAAAAAUGAGAAUAUUGACAAGGUCUGUGAGCCAUUGCCAGGAGAAGGAAACCAUGCCAAUCUAAACACAAAGGUGGAAGUGGGUGUUGUUGAAGGUGGUGGUGAUCUAAUGGAGACAGAUGAAAAUGGUGAAAAAAACAGCUCUGAAAGUAAAGGAAAUAAAGAAAUACUUGGAAUUAUAUAUCCUGAAAAGAAAGACCCACAAACCAAUGAAGCAAUUUCUGAAAAAUGUGAUGGACCAAUGAUUGUUGAGGAAAAUGGUAUAAAAGAAUUCUCUGUCCACAAGGAAAGCAAUAGUAUUGAAAAUAGAUGCCUUGAAAAAAUGGACACGGAUGGUUGUAUGGAGAAUAAGAUUUCUGAAAUGGAAACACCAGAGGACAAACUAGAGUAUCAGCACCCUGUUGAUCAGGUUAAUGGAAAAGAUAUUGUAGGAUCAAAAUCAGCUGUUGUAAUGAAAAACUCUGAAUUGAUGCCAUCUGAAGCAUCUGAAGUUGUUGCUGCUGUUAAUAACAUUGAGCCCCUUAAAGAAAAGAGCAGCACCAAAGUAAACACUGAAAGUGAAAUAAAAACAUCAGCAAAAGACCCACUGGUUAAGCUAGUUAUGAAUGGAGAUAUUACCAUGGGUGAUCUGGAGGAAAAGUCUAAUAGAAUAGAAGGAAAAAACUUAACAGCUGCUCAUUCAAAGAUUCACGAUGGUGUUUUAACAGAUAAUGAUGAUACAGUCCCCCAGUUAAAGACACCCAGGUUAGAUGAUUCAGUCCCACAGGUAAAGGCACCCAAAUUAGAUGAUGGGAUCCCACAUCUAAAAGCACCCAGCUUAGAUGAUGCUGUCCCACAAGUAAAGUCACCCAGGUUAGAUGAUGCUGUCCCACAGGUAAAAGCACCCAGGUUAGAUGAUGCAGCCCCAAAUGUAAAGACACUCAGCUUAGAUGAUGCUGUCUCACCGGUGAAUGCACCCAGGUUAGAACAUGCACUAUCACAGCUAAAUGAAUCUAGGUUAGUUAAUAUUUCUGAGGUAGUAAAUUCUUCCAAAGGGUCAGGUCUUUUAAAUGUCGCCUUGGAUAAAUCAUCAGAGACAGAAAAUAUAGUGAAACCAUUGGAAAUAGAUGGACAGCUGCAUAAAAAAGCUGCUUCUUCACCUCAUAUAUCUAUAGCAGACUCUACUUUGAGCAAGAGCUUCAGUGAGCAAAACGGGAUACAAUCGGAAAGUGAAGCGGGCGAUAUCAAUGGGGAUCAUCAGGUUAAAACAGUCAUUACUAAAAUGACCACCACAACUACGACUAUUUCCACUGAAUCCAAAACUGUUGUUAGUGUAACUGAGGCUUCUUCUCUGCAGAGCAAUAUUCCAUCAGUGGUGUCCUGUAUUAAGAACUGUGCUGUUUCUUCAACAACAACCACAACCACAACAUUCACAAAAGUGACCUCACCAAAACUAGACAAUACAGUAGAUGCUGUGACAGUCACAGAAAAAACUGUUGUCACAACCACAGUGACUGACUGUGUGGCCACGCCAGGUGGGAUGUCAACAACCACCAUGACUGUAAGUAAGGAAUAUUCCACCAAGGACAAAGUUAAACUAAUGCGAUUUUGUCGGCCCAAAAAGACCAGGUCUGGCACAGCCCUGCCUUCGUACCGUAAAUUUAUUACCAAAAGCAGCAAGAAGAGCAUAUUUGUCCUACCCAACGACGACCUACGGAAAUUGGCCAGGCGAUCUGGAAUUCGAGAGGUUCCGGGAUUUAACUACAAUGCAAAACCUGCUCUGGACAUCUGGCCGUAUCCAUCGCCGAGACCAACAUUUGGCAUUGCGUGGAGAUAUCGACUGCAAACCGUGAAAUCUUUAGCUGGUGUAAGCCUUAUGUUGCGGCUAUUGUGGGCAUGCCUACGAUGGGAUGACAUGGCAGUUAAACCACCAUCAGGAGUUACCACUGCACGCACAGAAACAACAGAAACUGAUAUCACUACUACUGAGAUUAUCAAGCGAAGAGAUGUUGGUCCAUAUGGAAUCCGUUCUGAAUACUGCAUUCGGAAAAUUAUCUGUCCUAUUGGUGUUCCUGAAACCCCUAAAGAAACUCCAACACCACAGAGGAAAGGUCUUCGAUCUAGUGCUUUACGACCAAAGAAGAUUGAGGCCCCAAAGCAGACUGGUCCAGUAAUAAUUGAAACCUGGGUCCCAGAGGAAGAACUGGAUUUAUGGGAAAUUCGCAGUUUUGCUGAGAGGGUGGAAAAAGAGAAGGCACAGGCUGCUGAGCAGCAAGCAAAGGUUAGUGAGCAGAAGAAGUCCGAAGAGUUCAAGGCCCAACUGGAGGCCCAACUUAAGCAGCAGCGCUUGGCUGCUCAACAGAAGCGCCUUGAGCAGCAGAAACUAUCUGCCACUCCAAAUUCUUCUUCUACUGCCUCUACAACCAACAGUACUGCUACCACUAUUGCCACUCCCCAGAAGUUAAUGGUAGGCUCCUUGACAGGACAGGUCUCCCCAGGAACAAAAGUGGUAUUUACUACCACAAAAGUGGGUUCACCAACAACAGUGACAUUCCAGCCUAACAAGAAUUUUCAGCAGAGUUUUGCUACCUGGAUCAAGCAGGGCCAGAGUGGGUCAGUCACCAGCACAGUUGCCACCACAGGUACAACCAUUGCCAGCACAGGGCAGGCGUUCCAGAUCACAGGCAGUCCUGUAACCAUGACAGGCAAGGUGAUAACUGCUAAGCUUCCACUCACUGCAAACAGCAAAAUCCUCACCGUCAAUGUGCCAACCACUCAAGGAGGUGUAGUUCAGGUACAGCAGAAGGUUUUGGGAAUCAUUCCAUCAGGCACUACUUCCAGCCAGCAAACCUUUACGUCAUUCCAGCCAAGGGCCACCACUGUAACUCUUCGACAGAAUGCACCAGGUACAACAACUACAACUCAGCAGGUACAGGUCCUCACAACAGGAGGAGCAACACAGAUACGUCCUGGUGUAACAGUUAUAAGAGCACCUUUUCAACAGGCAGCAACCAUUGGGAAAGCUAUUAUCCGUACGCCUUUGAUGGUACAGCAAGGUAUACUCCCAGCCACUCAAAACCAACAGGUAGUCACUCAGAUUAUCCGUGGACAACCAGUAACAACUGUGUCAAGUACAGGUAAUUUGGUUCAAAGUUCAACCCAAAAGAUGGUGACUGCGCCAAGUACAGCUAUGCAACCUAUCCAAAGUCGGCCUGCCACACCACAAGGCCAACAGCCAGCCCAGCGGCCACAACAAGGACAGGUCCGAUUAACGAUGGCACAGCUCACACAGCUCACACAAGGACAGAGCGGAGGUCAGGGAUUGACUGUGGUGAUUCAAGGGCAGGGGCAAACAACCGGACAACUUCAGCUUAUCCCACAAGGUGUAUCAGUAAUUCCUGGGCCAGGACAACAGUUAAUGCAGGCUGCCAUGCCAAGUGGAACUAUUCAGAGAUUCCUCUUCACACCCCUGCCAACCGUUACCGCAUCAGCUGCUGCAACAACAGUAGCUUCUGUGACAACAGCAGCACCAGCUGCAACAGAACAGAAACAGGUGCAGACACAUGUACAACAAAUGCAAGCUCCAAUCCAAUCAUCACCUCAGCCUCCACCACCUUCUCCUGUUCAGACUUCAGUUACCUCUCAGCCCCAAUCCUCAAUACAGCCUGCCCAAACACAGCCAGCACAAGCCCAACCUGUCGUCCAGGUACAAGCUCCACCACAAGUUCAACCUGUUGUUCAGACACAAGUUCCACUACAAGCUCAAGUUCCUCCAGUCCAAGCUGGGAAUCAACUAACUGUACAAUCCCCACCUCGGCCUCAGCUGCAGCCCCAGCAACAUCAAGCCAAUAUUCAGACAAUAGCUCCUCAACCUCAACUUCAACCCCAAGUUCCAACUCAGAUGGCAGCUGAGACCCAGGCACUGCCUCAGGUCCCUCAGGGUGUGGUUCAACAUCAGAUCAAACUCCAGGUCCCUGUUCAGAUUCAGCAGCCAGGUCUGACUCCAGCUCAGCAGAUCCAAAAUGUGGUCAGUGUGCAAGCAGCCAGUGUCCAGGAGCAACUACAGCGAAUCCAGCAAAUCCGUGAACAGCAACAGCAUAAGAAACAGCUGCAGAUAGAAGCUAAGAGGGAGCACAUGCUACAGACUGCAAACCAAAAUGAAAUUAUUCAGAAACAGGUGGUAAUGAAACAAAAUGCUGUGAUUGAGCACUUGAAAGCAAAGAGUAGGAUGAUGUCACCUGCAGAACGAGAAGAAAACCAGAGAAUGAUUGUCUGUAACCAGGUUAUGAAGUAUAUUCUGGAUAAAAUUGACAAGGAAGAAAAACAAGCAGCAAAGAAAAGGAAGCGAGAUGAGAACGUGGAGCAGAAGCGCAGUAAACAGAAUGCCACCAAGCUAUCAGCAUUGUUGUUCAAACACAAGGAACAGUUGAAGGCUGAAAUUCUAAAGAAAAGGGCAUUGUUAGAUAAAGAGCUUCAAAUUGAGGUGCAGGAGGAGCUGAAAAAAGACAGAAAUAAAUUAAGGAAAGAGAAAGAGAAGGCACAGGCAGCAGCUAUCCAGACUGCAGCCAUUGCCGCUGCCGCAAAUGCCGUACAAGCCGUGGUGACGCAGAAACGAAAACGAGAUGAAGAGAGGGAGCCUGCAAAGGUGAAGAAGAAAAAGAUGAUUUCUACUACCUCAAAAGAAUCCAAGAAGGACACAAAGCUUUACUGUAUCUGCAAGACACCUUAUGAUGAAUCAAAGUUCUACAUUGGCUGUGAUCUCUGUACGAACUGGUAUCACGGAGAAUGUGUUGGUAUCACAGAAAAAGAGGCUAAAAAAAUGGAUGAGUACAUUUGCAAUGAGUGUAAACGAGCACAGGAGGGCAGCAGCGAGGAGCUCUACUGUAUUUGUAGAACACCAUACGACGAAUCACAGUUUUACAUUGGUUGUGACCGCUGCCAAAACUGGUACCAUGGGCGCUGUGUUGGCAUUCUACAAAGUGAGGCAGAUCUCAUUGAUGAGUAUGUCUGCCCACAGUGCCAGUCUACGGAAGAUGCUAUGACUGUGCUCAGCCCGCUUUCAGACAAAGACUAUGAAGGUCUUAGACGAGUGCUGCGUUCUUUACAGGCUCAUAAAAUGGCUUGGCCCUUCUUGGAACCAGUAGAUCCCAAUGAUGCGCCAGAUUAUUAUGGCAUCAUCAAAGAGCCAAUGGAUCUUGCUACAAUGGAAGAAAGGAUACAUCAUCGAUUCUACAAGAAAUUGACAGACUUUGUUGGUGAUAUGACCAAAAUCUUUGACAACUGCCGUUACUAUAACCCCAGUGAUUCACCGUUUUAUCAAUGUGCAGAGGUUCUAGAAUCAUUUUUUGUACAGAAACUGAAAACUUUCAAGGCAAACAGAUCUCAUUCCUAACAGAUUACACUCUACUGCGUAGAUUGCAGCACUCUCUAGACUUCAAACAACAAUGAACAAAAUCGUACAAAGCGUGAAUAACAGGAAUCGCAUUCAGAGUGCAGAGAGAAGAAGUUGAUGCCACCAGAGGCAGAUAUACUUGGUUGGGUUUUCCUGACUGACUGACCUUAACCAGCACUGUUGUUCAAGCACCAAUCAGUUAACUGAAUUGGAUAAAGCCCCAUUCUGUUUGUUAGAAGCUAAAAGGGAGAGUUUAAAAGAAGAGGAGAAGGAAGGAAAUUUUAAAAAUAAAGUAAAAGAAACCACCUUUUACCAGCCCUGUUUGACUGUCGUAUUCUCCUCGCCUGAUAUGGGAUGGGAAGCACGAAGCAUCCUGUCCACUCUUAUUAUGACAAGGGGCUGGCUUCAGUUUUCCCAGAAAAAUUCAUCCCACAGUUCUUCAGUGAAGAAGCUGGCUGCAAGCUGUCUGUAAUGAAACAAACAUGUUUAAAUUUGACAGCUGUAUUUAUUUAUUACUGAGAAAAGAUGAAGCUUUCUUUUUUAGAAUCUGCUGCCCUUGUUUGUCAACUAAUUAUGUGCUUUUUUUCUUAUUGAUAUAAAAAGACCCAACUUGCAGAUAAGUUGGUCUUUUUUUAUGUAAUUGCUGUAGGUAACGGUGAGUGAUAACCCUUGAUCCUUUCUUUCUUUGAAAGGAGUUGUUUCACAUGCACGCACACACCCACACAUAGACAUACAGACACACGCGAGCACAGCGGAAUGGGAUCCAACAGGAAGUUUUCUUUUCCUAAUCAAUCUGACCGAACUGGAGCUCCGCGUGACCACUGGCUGAGCGGUCGGCAGCAUUGGUUUCCGAGUUAGACUGCCACGGUGGUGAUGGGGCAGCACCAGAAAACUAUCAAUCACUCUGCAGAAAUUUGAUAGACUGAAAUAAACGGUGUGUACUGAAGUUAUCUUGUAUGUAAACAUUUUGUCAGAUGCUGAAUUUUUUUUUGUUUUUUUGUAUUAAGGUUCAGAAAUAUUGAUGUAUAUGAAAACAAUAAAUGGAGGAAACCAUUAUCUCCCACUGAGAAAAUC